GCAAAGAGUGCUGGUGUGACGCAGCUUAAGCCGUAGAGGAGUUUGGGAUGAAUGAGGCUUUCGGAGGACGCAUUCAGAGUGUGCGCACCUGCGUAAAACCAGCGGAGCCCGAAACUGAGGAUACGAGCACAGUUUACCCAGAGAGGGAGAAGGUGCUGCUCCGCGUGCACACGGCUGACGGGAAGGAUUUGAAACGCUUGAUUUCUAACAAUGAUAUCUGCUGGAUUACAAACUAUGAGGAGCUUUUCUCUCUCAUCAUCCUCUGAGCAGCUGUGACCACCGGCUCCAGACUCCGACACGCGCCGUCCUCAGACACAGCAACACUUGUUGUGAACCUGCGAGAAACAUGACAUCCAAAUUACUGGCAUAUGUCUUAGUGCUGUCUGCCCUCCACAUGUGCUCUCAGGCAAUCGAGUACGAAGAGGAAUACGAGGAUGUCACAGUGAACCAAAUGCUGGCUCCUAAAUCACAGGAAACAGACGCCACGGAAAUACUCAACAAUUUACUGAAAGAAUACGAUAAGAAACUGCGGCCGGAUAUCGGAGUUAAACCAACACUCAUAGACGUGGACAUAUUUGUGAACAGCAUCGGACCAGUGUCAUCGAUAAAUAUGGAAUACCAAAUUGACAUCAUUUUUGCUCAGACGUGGACGGACAGUCGACUCCGAUACAACAGCACCAUGAAAAUAUUGACUUUGAACAGUAACAUGGUGGGACUUAUUUGGCUGCCUGACACCAUCUUCAGGAACUCCAAGAAUGCAGAUUCACACUGGAUUACAAUGCCCAACCAGCUGCUGAGAAUAUGGAACGAUGGGAAGAUUCUCUACACUCUGAGACUCACAAUAAACGCAGAGUGCCAGUUGCAGCUGCACAACUUUCCGAUGGACGAGCACUCCUGUCCGCUCAUCUUCUCCAGCUAUGGAUACCCGAGAGACGAGAUGAUUUACAAGUGGAGGAAGAAUUCUGUGGAGGCGGCGGACCAGAAGUCCUGGCGUCUCUACCAGUUUGAUUUUAUGGGCCUGAGAAACACGACGGACAUCAUCAAGACAACAGCUGGUGACUACGUGGUGAUGACUGUGUACUUUGACCUGAGUAGGAGAAUGGGCUACUUCACCAUCCAGACCUACAUCCCCUGCAUCCUCACCGUGGUCCUCUCCUGGGUCUCCUUCUGGAUCAAAAAGGAUGCCACGCCAGCCAGAACAGCUCUAGGUAUAACCACAGUGCUGACCAUGACCACCCUCAGCAGUGUGGCCCGCACGUCUCUACCCAGAGUGUCUUAUGUCACCGCCAUGGAUCUCUUCGUCACCGUCUGCUUCCUGUUUGUCUUUGCUGCUCUGAUGGAGUACGCAACAUUGAAUUACUACUCAUACAGCACUCGAAGACCCAGCUGCAUGCACCCGAAAAGAUCUAACUACUCAGUCCUGGAUGUGAGACCUCCACACACUACCAUCACUUUAAACAACUCCCUGUACUGGCAGGACUUUGAGGACGCUUGUGUGUACGAGUGUUUGGACGGAAAGGACUGCCAGAGCUUCUUCUGCUGCUACGAGGAGUGUAAAGGAGGAGGGUGGAGGAAAGGACGCGUGCACAUAGAUUUAUUAGAGCUGGACGCUUACUCGCGUGUCUUUUUCCCAACCUCUUUUUUGUUAUUUAACAUUGUAUAUUGGGUAGGCUAUCUCUACCUUUAGCACUUUGCAGAAGAUGGACUGAACAUUAUAACUGGGGAAAUAUAUAAUUAUUGAAAUGGUAACGCCAAAUAAACUCUUCCCCAUGGUACCUGAAGCUGUUACCUGGAGACAAACGGAGGGGAAAGGCCUGUGCCAAGACGAGAUUUCUGCCUUUGUGACUUCAGGUACGAGAAUCAACACAAUACUGACUCCCUUCAUUAUGCUGUACACAGAGGAGGACGGGACGGACUGUGUGCUAAUGACGAUUUCAAGACAAAGACGGAAAUGUGCUUUGCGCUGCUCCCUGAAACUUCUCUAUCAGGAGGAAGACUUGUGUUGUAGGGAGAGCGCUGGCACGAUAUUAUCCAGCCAUCAGUCAAAUCCAGUUGAUGAAAAUCCAAGGACAUUCAAACCAUUCAUAGUGCCUUCCUCUGGAGGGGUAGAUACUAUCUGCUACAAUAAUCAGGGAAUAAUGAUUUAUACGAGAAAAAAGAAGAGCCUGGCUUUGACUGAUUAUGGCUGUUCUCAUUCAGAGCUUUGAGGUACAUUUAUAAAACAGCCAUUUGUUGUAACAACCACAUGAAGAAUCACUCACUUUUUAUCUCUUCUCACUGACUUUCAGCCAUUUGGCAUGACUCAUUCCUCCUGUUUGCAACACUAUUAGCAGCUCCGGUACGGUGUGAUAAAUAAAUUGGUUCCCAGGGAAGAAGACGAUUUGAUUUAACCUAAAAGCAGAAAGAAUAAUAAACGCAUUCUUGUCACAAUUGUUUUUAGGUUUAGGUGUUCGUACGGACACAAAUCUGUCAUCAGAGUAGAAAAUUAAACUUUAAUGUGAAAUGAAUUGCUGUGGAGUCAAUCCAGCAGAGCACUAACUGUGACAUAUUUGAAGGGGAUAGUCUUUGUGAUCAUUUAGAAUAAACUUAUACCGGCUUUCUUUUUAACGGCCAGAUAAAAAGAAUGAUGCCAUUUAUUAUGAGCCGACAGUUAACUAGCUUAGCUUAGCAUAAAGACAGGAAACCAAGUUGCAACUCCUAGUGUUGAAAAGUGAAGCUGCAGUUCCUCCAGUCUCCACUUUGGGAUGGCUGCAAAAGCAAAGAAAUCCCCAUCUGAGUUCAUUUUAAAAUAUCCAUUUUACAGCAAAUUUAACGCGUUUAAAUUCUGCUUCAAAAAUAAGUUCUUUAUACCCACACACUGUAUGGGGGUUGAUUUUUAUUGUAACUGAUUCAGUUCAUAUAUUGGCAUAACAAGGUGCAUGGUCACGUAAAGUCACAAACAGGCGCAGUGUAGUUUUUAUCAAGGAAGCUAAAAGAGCACCUGAGUUUAACCAUCUAAAGGUUGACCAAAAGUUGGCAGAUGUAGCAUUUCCAAUAUGGCCACUGCCAUCGUUUGGCUUUAAAAUCCCUCUUUAGAAAUCAAUGGGUGACGUCACAGAGACUGUGUCCAUGUUUAACACAGUCUCCGCUGGCACUAGCCUAAAAAAUAUGAUCAUAAAAUCAAACUGUGAAAGAACAUUACAUUUUUCAUGAAGUUUGUUUUUCUAAAAAUUUAAGUAAUUUA